AUGCUACAAGAGAAUGAACAAUUGUUCGAGGCCAAGUUUACUUCACCGUGUAGCAUGCCCUGCUACAAGACUUGUCGAGACCGCAUGAUCAAUUAUGCAGAAGAAUUCAAGAAGUUCGAAGAGCUAUGUCUGAAAACUCUCCACCGCAUCGAAAAGCAUCGUGAUGGACGAUUAGAUGAUGACAGUCCUCCGAGGUGGUCAUACAUAACUUUGUCAAACGGUUCAGAGGUACCUGUAAUGGUCCAAACAGCAUAUCGUUCUUUGUAUCCCAUCGCGGCUGAGACCAGCACUGUCGCAGGAACACCUUUCGAUUCGAGACUCAAUCCGUCACCAACGUUCAUAGACCCCGUUGCAUCUGAGAAUGCCAAUCCACUUCUUGAAGACAUGCCCGGCCAUGAGCUGUCAGCCACGAAGAAGGAUGUUGCCGCCUUUUCACUUGACCCCCCCGCGCCAGAUGAUCUCGUUUGCCCUAUCGAUCUUUCGAAUCCAGAAUUUUAUAUCCAUCCACUUUUCAAAGAUGAAAAAUUGGUAUCGGGCGAAAUGCAGCGACCAGGCAUCAUCCUCGUCAAGGAGCAUUCAAGUCGACAUUUCUAG